AUGCUCGACUCUGUCACUUGGCUCGAUGUCUCCCUCGCCGCCCUCGCCGUCUUCCUCCCCUCCCUCCCCCUUCCCCCGGGCCCCAACAGGAUGCCCCUCCUCGGCAACCUCCUCGACAUGCCCUCCGAUAAGCCCUGGCUCACUUUCGCCGACUGGGGCAAAAAAUUCGGCGACAUCUCCUCCGCCGUCGUCCUCGGCCAACACAUCAUCGUCCUCAACGCAGUCAAGCCCGCCAUCGACAUGCUCGACAAGAAGAGUGCCGUCUACUCUGACAGGCCCGUACUCCCCAUGGGAGGCGAGCUCGUAGGCUGGAAGAACACCCUCGUCCUGCUCCCCUACGGCGAUCGCUUCAGGGAGUACCGCAAGAACUUCCACCGCGUCAUCGGUACUCGCGCCAACCUCGAAAAAUACCACCAAGUCGAAGAAGUAGAAACUCACCGCUUCCUCCAACGCGUCCUCGCAAAGCCCUCCGACCUCUCUGCCCAAGUCCGCAAAACCGCUGGUUCGAUCAUUUUGCGCAUCUCUCACGGCUACGAGGUCAAGGAAACAGAAGACCCUUUUGUCCAACUCGCAGAUCGUGCCGUCGCUCAGUUCUCCGCUUCGACCGCAACAGGUGCCUUCAUGGUCGACGUCAUGCCUGCCCUGAAACACGUCCCAGACUGGUUCCCCGGCGCCGGCUUCAAGGUCAAGGCGAAGGAAUGGUCCGCUACACUCGAAGAAAUGGUCGCCAUGCCUUAUCGUUUCGUUAAAGACCAGAUGGCCGCCGGUAUCGCUCCCCCUUCAUUCACCUCCAACCUCCUCGACGCAAAAUCCCUCAGUGCCGAAGAAGAGCACGUCAUCAAAUGGUCCGCCGCCUCCCUCUACUCCGGCGGCGCCGACACCACCGUCUCCGCCAUCUACUCCCUCUACCUCGCCAUGCAGCUCUACCCCGAAGUCCAACGCAAAGCCCAAGCCGAGAUCGAUGCCGUCGUGGGUAACGACAGGCUGCCGACGUUUGCUGACAGGGAGUCCUUGCCGUAUGUCGAGGCGUUGGCGAAGGAGGUGUUGAGGUGGAAUGUGGUGGUGCCCCUUGCUGUACCGCACCGUGUGACGGAAGACGACGUCCAUGAAGGCUACCUCAUCCCCAAAGGCUCUCUCAUCAUGCCCAACAUCUGGUACAUGCUUCACGACCCCCGGACAUACGCCAACCCCUCCGAAUUCGACCCGUCGCGGUUCUUGAAGACCGAGGGCAAAGAGCCCGAAGUCGACCCCCGCACGAUGUGUUUCGGCUUCGGUCGUCGCAUCUGCCCAGGCCUGCACCUCGCCGACGCCUCCGUCUUCAUCUCCUGCGCCAUGUCCCUCGCCGUGUUCAACAUCUCCAAGGCCGUCGUGAACGGCGUGGAGGUGACGCCCGAGGUGGACCCGUCGUCGGGGACGAUCAGCCAUCCGAAGCCGUUUGACUGCUCGAUUCGGCCGAGGUCGGCGAAGGCGCUGGCGUUGGUGCAGCAGGAGGCGAGGUAUUGA